GGAAAAGUUAUUAUGUUCUUAGGAGGUUCAACCACUUGCUCAUUAUCAACUUUGUUGUUCAUAUUAGCCCCUUCGGGGUCCUCUAAAACUUGAUUAUCGUUAUUGAGUUCUACUCCGUUUUCUACUACGUCUCUAGGAUCAUUUCUGAUAUUGCCUAAAGUGUUUUUUUCGCUGUUUCUCAGGGUGGUAUCAACUGAUAUUACGGCUUCUUUGGGUUCCAUCGAGAUCAAGUAAAACAUAGUUACGAAUAAGAUUAAAGAGGACAUGUAUAUUAGGGUUUUUUGGCAUUUUGAUAGUUGAUUCCAUUGCUAGAAUUAAGGGUUUUUUUUUGAAUGGAAGUUGGAAUAAACAGUAAAAACACUCACCCGUCUUAGCUUUAAAGGUUUUUUUUUCAAGGGAACUUUAUCUUCAGAUAAGUUUAGGGAUAUGUGGUCGCCACGACCGAACAUGUUUUCCACACAAUCAUCCACUUAAAUUAAUCACUUAUUUGGUAUAUAAAAUUUCAUCUAAAAAGUUUAUCGACACCCAAUCUCCAAGAAAAUUAAAACCAGAAAAACAGCUGUUGUGUUAAUUUACAUUGUAUUUCUAUAGAUUUCUCCGUUCCAAUGUUUGUCCCUAGCGCAAUAGGUGGCGUCGAAACAGAUAAAAUAUUCACAGUGCGUUUAAAUCUAUAGUCUACUAGGUAAAGUGUACUUUACCAUUAACAUGCAUCUUUUAAAAGUACUAAGAGCAUGAAAUAAGUAGGUAUACAUUGUACAUACAAUAUACUAAUCUGUGAAAUUAUUGAAAGUACUCUUAUAGGAAUUUGAUAAUCUAAACUUGGUACUACUGUAUCAAAUAGUAAUUAGUAAUAAACUUAAGCUAAUAAAUCACCAGAUAAAAUGUUCACAGUACUUUUAAAUCUAUAGUCUACUUUAACACACAGUGUGCGGUAAAGUGCACUUUACAAUUAACAUGCAUUAAGUUAUUAUUGAGUAAAUUAGUAAAUCCUAAUCUAAACUUGUAUUUUAUCUCAUUUAAUACAUUUACCAGACUUAUAUAAAGGGGCAUAAGAACAUACAUAACGUACCAUCGACACCAAAAGUAUCUGGGACACAAAUAAAGCAUAAUAAUCUCCUGGACUAAUUCUACUGUCAUUGAUUUCAAUAAAUUUAAUGCAUAGUUUGACAAAUAUUUGACAAUAAAAUUCAUAUAAUAGGACAAGAACUGUGAUGCUGUCCCAGUUACUUUUGGUGACGAUGGUACGUUUCUCAAAAUUGAAUUUUGUCAAAGAAAAAUAAACCUGAAAAGAAUUCCUUUCCCUGAAUAGAAAAGGCAAGAAUCGAGAACCAGUUGUGUAUAUUUCGUCGCCCUGCCGCAGUCGCGCUUCAAUCCAAAAUAAACCAAGAUUUCUUGUCUUCGCAUUACGUCUCGUACCACUUUUGAGUUCAGGUUUACGUCACGAUUGACACAAAUUCGAGUACCAAAAAAUCUAUUUGAACAAAAAGUUGACAGUGCUGGUACUUUACUGGGUAAUGGUAGUUCUUUGAUGGUUGGUUCCUUAGAUUGUGUAUAAUGUAUUGAUGAAGAUAGGUUUGGCCAGUCCAAGUCCAAGCUGUUGCCCGAUAAGUAACGUUCCGUGUUACCCAAUUAAUGAUGUAAUUUGUUUCCUUUCGCUUUAUAAAUAUUUGGAUUUCUGGGUGCGAUGUCCGGUGGUGAUAAAAAGGACAAGCACAACAGGCCGAAGAGAGGGUUGAAAUUGUUUUUCUUGCCCAAGAUUCAGGGACAGAAGCACAAGCACAAGAAGAACAAGUACUAUUUCGGUCAGGAUGAUGAUCACGAAGGGUCAAUUAUGUCUGGUGACAGUCCCGCUCAUCACAAUCGCACAGCAGAAGUUUUCGAUUACCACCCUGCCACUUCCACAUUAGCAUUAGAGCCCAAAUCUGGUUCCGGUACAGCUUUUGCCACCACUAGCAAAGAUAUCGGGGUGCAAAGUAAAAUUGGUGACAAAACAGAUAAAAGCGAAGUUCAAGCUUCAGCAGUCAUGGUCGAGCCAGGCGGAGACAAAGAUGACGAGGACAAAGAACAUUUCGGAUCGCCCACACUAAACAAUAGCGAUAAUAAGGGGGAAAAAGACGAGAAUGGCGAAGAGAAAACUGGAAAAUUCAAUGAUGCAGCUCACGAAGGUAAUGGUCGUGACAAGAAAGACGAAAAAUUCCAUAAAAACGGCAACCUAGACAAACUUGAUGGUGUGUGGGUACCAAACAAUGACAAACAAAAAGCAGAUGAUGAUGGGGAAGAGGACGACUGUAUAGUGAAAUGUCUUUACGUUACAAUGACUUGUUGUGAAUGUUCCAUUAUGUGAUACAUUUUCUUUUGAAGAUCUUUUUUUAUAUAUAUAUGUCUAUAAUUUAAGAAAAAAUUAAGCCCUGUAUUCCUACUAAAAACACGGUCCCAUUUUUUUUUUUUUUAGUAUCUAAGUAAAUUAUUCUUUUAUUUUGUAUAUUGUUUUUUAAUCAAAUAUUUAGUGAAACCAUUUUUAUAAAAAUGGUUAGUAA